GUCAGACCAUAAUGGCGACUGCUGGGACAGCAGACUCGGGAUCAACAGCCCCGACAGGGACCAGCGGCAUCAUCAAAGUGGCCCCUCCAGAGAUGCCGGGCUCCUCAGGCACAACGCAGAGUAUGAAGAAGACUAUUGGACACCGGGGUGUUGAGACCACCACAGGAGAGACCACCUAUAAAAAGACGACAUCAUCUGCCCUUAAAGGUGCCAUCCAGUUGGGCAUCACUCACACAGUUGGCAGCCUGAGCCAAAAGGCAGAAAGGGAUGUUCUCAUGCAGGACUUUGUGGUGGUUGAAAGCAUCUUCUUCCCCAGUGAAGGCAGUAACUUGACUCCUGCUCAUCACUACAGUGACUUUCGUUUUAAGACCUACGCUCCGAUCGCCUUCCGUUACUUCAGAGAACUGUUUGGUAUUAGGCCAGAUGACUACCUGUACUCUCUGUGUAACGAGCCACUGAUCGAGCUGUCCAACCCCGGAGCCAGCGGAUCCCUCUUCUACGUCUCCAGUGAUGAUGAGUUCAUUAUCAAGACUGUUCAACACAAAGAGGCAGAGUUUCUCCAGAAACUCCUUCCUGGAUACUUCAUGAAUAUAAACCAAAACAAGCGCACCCUGCUACCCAAGUUCUAUGGAUUGUACUGUGUUCAGGCAGGGGGCAAGAAUAUCCGUAUUUGUGUGAUGAACAAUCUUUUGCCUCGGAUCAUCCCGAUGCACCUCAAAUACGACCUGAAGGGCUCCACCUAUAAGAGACGAGCCUCACCUAAAGAAAGAGAAAAGGCUGUUCCCACAUACAAAGACUUAGACUUUAUCCAGGACUUGCCUGACGGCCUGCUGCUGGAAGCAGACAACUUCAAUGCUCUGUGCAAGACUAUACAGAGGGACUGCUUGCUCUUGCAGAGUUUCAAGAUCAUGGAUUACAGUCUCUUAAUGGGCAUCCACAACAUGGACCAGGCCUGUCGAGAGCGGGAUCGUAUCGGGGGUAAUUCAGGGGACAGUGGGGGAUCAGAGGGAGCAGUGACCCCAGAUCAGCGCCGGCCACAAGCCCAGAAAAGUCUGUACUGUACAGCUAUGGAGUCCAUCCAGGGAGAAUCUCGGGGAAAGGGAGCUUUGGAUUCAGAAGAUCACAUGGGGGGUAUUCCAGGUCGUAACACUAAAGGAGAGAGGUUACUGAUAUACAUCGGCAUCAUUGAUAUUCUGCAGUCCUACAGAUUUAUUAAGAAGUUGGAGCACUCAUGGAAAGCCUUGGUCCACGAUGGGGACACAGUCUCAGUUCACAGGCCUGGCUUCUAUGCAGAUCGUUUCCAGCAGUUCAUGUGCAACACAGUGUUCAGGAGAAUUCCACUAAAACCAUCGCCAUCUAAGAAGAGCCGUGGUGGAGGUCCGGGGGGUCUAAGGAGGGCCCCCACCCUGGGAGGUCCGACCCCACUCUCCAACGCAACAGGACAGUCAGCUGUUGACUCCAGACUAGUCUACCAUAGCCACUUUAAAAGCACAGACUCAGAGGCUGACAGCGGGGUGCAGUUGGGCAGACCAGAUCUGGUUCCGCGGACCCCCCCGCUGGUAGAAAACUCCGCUGACUGUGAGGCCAACCUGUCUACCUCAUCUCUAGGCAGCACAGGAGUUCCCUCCACUUCUCCCCCCCUACGGUCUGUAGGGGUGGAAGUGCACAAAUCGGCCAACACAGACCACGACCAGGGUGCUUCCCACAGUUUGGGGGCAGAAGAGAUUGGAGAUAAUGCAGACAACCUAUCUGGAAAUGAAGAUAUAGUUUCUCUAUCUGACAUCAUCCCUGAGACCAACAUCUGUUUUUAAAAACUGACACAGUGCCAUCUGAAGAAGAGAAGUUUCUGGAAGAGAUGAGAUGGGCGGAAGUAAGGAUAAAGAGAGUGAAAGUCACCCGCAUCCACUGUGGAACCUCCGUUGCACCUCUGUUGUUUUCUCAGCCCUACACUAUAUACAGAGGACGCUGGAUGAAGCAGCCAGGUGGAGUGGAGGUUGUGGCGAAGCAGAAGGAAGUGGUGGGAGUGGUGGGAGCGAUGCGCAAACACAUUCGUCCACCCAAAGCCCAAGUAUCUUUUUCUUUAAACACCUGGAAAAAAGGCUCAUGACCUUGAAUUGGCAGUAGCUCUGACAGCAUUACAUUAAAUUAAACUGAGCUUUUUUUUCUCCAUAUAUACGUCUGUUCGCUGCGAUAACAUAAUCCUAACAAAAUGGUUAGUCAUAUGUUGUAAAAAGCCCCAACCCCCAGUCACCAGUAGAAGACGAAGAGUCAGUCAUCCCACUCACUUUUUCACAGCAUGAAGGGAUGCGAGUGGGCACGGGAACACAACACACUUAAGAGCACAUGAAGAGUUCAGCCUACAUUUGUAGAUUUUUUUUUUUCUUUUUCUUGCGCCGUGUCUAAGUGGGUUCACAUUUCCGUGACUCACACUUGAGUGUUCCUGUUACCACACAUCCAUUUCCACUCGGCAAUCCUCAUGAGUUAACGGUGGUUCUCUCAUUUGUCGACAGAAAUCGUUCAAAUCAACACCUGCUGCUGUUGACUCUGCAAUCACGUAUGCAUUUUCUCUCACUGAUUGUAGAUGUGCAGUAUUUGUUUGAAAGCAGAUUCUGAACCAGACGUAUACGAUCAUUUAGUCUUUAUAAAUUAUUCUGCUGGAAGCCAUGGUGGUGCUGCAAAGGUCAAACUAGAUCUUGCCACUGCUGAAUGUACAUUACUAUGUUUUUUCUUUUUCUUUUCUUAUAGAAUGUGUCUUAUUAACAUGGCAGACCACAAUGUGCAGCCCUGAAAAUCUCCCCCUCUGACGUGACCAUAUGUGCUUAAGUAUAAAAGCAUACAGAGAGAAGAGCUGUUGACAGUGUUGCUGGCCAGUAGAUGCUGUUACAUGAAGUCAUUGCUAUUAAGUUAAUAGAAUGAUGAUCAUUUCCAGCUACUGUCACGUGUCUGUGCCUUUACAUGUUUUGUCCCUCCUCUAACACGGGAUAUAUAACUGACAUUGUGUUGUUUUUUUUUUAAAAGGUUAGUGCUCUAUUUGCAUAUAGAAACCUGCCUUAUCACUACAGCUGAAGUCAUCAAACUGCCAUUUGUAUGUCUGGAUCAACCAAACAUUUGUCAGGGUUUAAAAGAAUUUCAGAGACUUUUAACACAAACACUAUAACAAUCCCUUUUAGUUACCUUCUCCUGACAUCAGACAGUAAGGAUGUCUGUCUUCUUUAUUAAUAAUUUCUGCUGGUUACAGAAAUGACACUCACCCCCCCCCCCAUCCACUCUUGGACCAACAUUAUUAACCAUGUGUAUAACCAAUUUUUGUAUUUUUUUUGUAUGUAGUCUUACUGAGCUUUUACUUAGCUAUUCAUAAAAACAUCUGCUUUUGUGUUUUCAUGAAAUGUUUUGUGUUUAUCUUAUUGUUUACCACACUAAACAAGUUCUCGAGGUGGCUGGCAGAAAGUAGUGAUUUCUGAUACUGACGUUUUUAAUCACUACCAGUGGCUGUAGCAAAUCUGAAGAUCUUAUUCAUCAUCUCAUCAAAUGUUAGGCACAUGUGGUCUAUACAGCAGAGAGGGGGGAGGGGGGAUGAAAGUUGUGGAUACAGAAAAAAGGAACAUUUUUCAUUGUUCAUCAGCGCACAGUUGAAGAUUUAGGACUGAGUCUUUUGUAUUAUGAGCCAGUCACGGCACCAAAGAGAAAAGCAGAGGAGACAGGUGAGAUGUUCAGAAUCCAGUAUAGUCAUGAGAAUGAAAUUAGACACCUGCAUGGACUGAUAUUUUGUAUAUGGUAAUAACACUGGGUUGACCUGUGUUUUUAAAGGAUCUAUUAUUAACUGGAUGUUUUUUUGUUUUUUUUUUUGUUUGUUUUUUUUGCUAAAUUGUUUAAUGUCUGAUAAGCUGUAUCUGACACAAACCCAGUCCCUGUAAAGAUUUUUUUUUUUUUUUUUUUUUUUUUUAAUUGAAUUGGUUUACCACGUGGCCAGAGACCUUUGAAGAUUCACCACCACAUUCCUGUGAAAUUCAUGUUUAAUUCACUACAUGUGUUCUAGCUAGAAGAACCCCUCUGUUACAAUCUGUCUAGUUGAGAAGAUGUACUUGAAAUGAUGUUAUUUCUGGUAUUACGCUGAAACUUCAAAUAUUGAUCAUUUCAAGAAGAUCCAUUUCAAAGUUAUAUUCUUUUGGUUGAGAGAGAAAAGGCCACCAAAGAAAAACACUCCAAUGAUCCUGACUAUUUCAGAUUACACAAAUCCAGAAUAUAUUUUGUGACAGAUGUGUUACGUUUGCAACUGUUGCUGACCUGUUUUGGGUUGUUUGUUUAUUGUUGUUUUGGUUUGUUUUUAAUGGGUGGUACAGUGUAAUUGCUGGAUAUUGCAGUUAUGUACUACACCAUGGCACAAGUGAAACAUAAUCUUUAGGUGCUUAAAUGUCAGUGCACUCAGUGUAGACACUACAAUAUAUUUGAAGUAAUGCAAUAUGAACCACAAUCUGCCAACUUUCAGUUCAAAGAAGUAUAUUUAUUAAUACGAUUGAUUGCUGUAGGCUGAAAUGAUAAAGAGUUGUAUCUUAGAUGUUUGUAUGUAUACUGUAUACUGACAGAAGGAUGUCUGAAACUUUAUAGCGUGUGUUGCCUAUGAAGGGGGACUAUUUGACAAUUUCACUUUUUAUAUUUCAUGUUUAGAUUGUGAUAUGAUAGAUAUAUUCUCUCCAUAAUGAUUCUGGGUUGUUAAUCUCCCAUGCUUUUCUACAUGAAUGUUUCACACGGCUCACAAGCCAAUGUUGCUGGUUGUCCUAUAUGCUUCAAUUACUAUAUUUUUACUGUGUAUAAAAUGUGUAUAUGUACAUAGGAGUCACUGAAAUGCCUUCUCAUGCAAUAUGUGCUGCCUGUCCUUCCUGCCAUGUUUCAGUUAUGUGGUGGUGAUGUUUUCAUGUCUGAUUUUAAAAGGAUUAAACAUAUUU